CAUCCAUAUAACAGAAAACAGUCAUCAAAACAGCUUUGGACAAAACUUUUCCAUUGCGUUGAGCUGAAAUACUUAAUAUGUCAAAAAGUGUUGCUAAUAUAUUUGAUGAAUAUCCAAUUCUGGUUGAUCCUGUACAGCUAAUGGAUGAAUCCAACCGUCUUACUUACUUCGAUCUACCAGUUAUGUGGUCUGAAUAUUUUUCGGAAACAAAGGUUAAAACAAUUUUGAAAUUAUCACCACCAAAGACAUUCCGGGUUGAUUCGUUAAUGUCAGCAAUUGAUACAAUCACUGAGAAAACUGAUAAAGCUUCUUUGGGAUCGUUGGCAAUCAUCCUUGUCCCGGCACUACUGAGGGAUGAUGCUAAGUCAUUGUUCUCCAAUUUUGACGUUAAGAGAGAACCUCAAAUAAUGUGUGCCAGUGAGGUGAUCACAAUCGUUGAAGUCGCUUUGGACAAACAGUUCAAGGUUGUCGUAGAUGGAUGCAUUGUAGCAGAGUGUUCAGAAUUCAUUUCUGCCUUUCAAGUUUAUCUGGCAUCGUUAUAUCUUUUUAAUUUAUGUUGUCCUAAGAACCUGACUGCCACAUUAACAUUUUUUCAAAAAGAUGUCCUGAAUUUGCACAAUGAUUAAUCAUUAAUCAAUAGGUUCAAGUGUAAUUAAUUAUAUUUCUUGUACUUUAUAUUUAUUUAAAAAAGAUUUUAUAAGAAUUUAUAUUUAUAAGAAACAAACUUGGAUUCAACAUUGAUGUUUAUUAGUGUUGAACAAAGUUUGGAAGUUAAUCCCUACUUCAUGUUUUAAAAAGAAAGGAUAAUAUUGCUUGAUGUUUUUUUUUUCAAAUUUAUGUAGAACAUUUUUAUAAUAUAUUUUAAA